AUGGCUGCGACUCUCGCAAAACACCGUGACACCCCUCCAUUCACCGAUCACAAAGAUCUACACAACGUCAUUGAUGCGACACAACUUGGCGACGUCCCCUGGCAAUGUUUCUCGGUUCAAUACACAGGAGAACGCCCUGAGGUUGUCCCGCCGUGGAUGGAUGAUGAAUUUGAGGUCUGGUAUAGGGAUCCCCGUGAGAUGGCGCACAACAUAUUGGCCAACCCUACCUACAAGGACGAAAUUGACUAUGUGCCAUUUCGUGAGUAUAAUGCAUCGGACGACAUGCACCGAUGGAAAGACUUUAUGUCUGGAGAUUGGGCAUGGCAUCAGGCGGAUGCCAUAUCAAAAGAUCCAGAAACCCGUGGAUCUACUUUAGUCCCAAUCAUUCUCGGUAGUGACAAGACUACUGUCUCCGUUGGCACUGGUAACAAUGAAUACUAUCCACUCUAUGCCUCGAUCGGUAAUGUACGCAACAAUGUGCGGCGCGCUCACCGAGAUGCUCUUGUUAUCAUCGGUUUCCUCGCUAUACCCAAAACUGACAAGAAGUAUGCUAAAGACGACGUGUUUCGGAUAUUUCGUCGUCAGCUAUUCCACAGCUCACUAUCCACAAUUCUCUCCAGCCUGAAACCUGCGAUGACUGAGUAUGAGGUUGUGCGCUGUGGAGACGGUCAUUUUCGACGCAUUAUAUACAGCUUAGGACCCUACAUUGCAGAUUACGAAGAACAACUGGUGUUAUCCUGCAUUGUUAAACGUUGGUGCCCAAAUGGUGGUGCGUACCGCUGUCGCGAGCAUACCGAUUUCAUGGUCAAUGAACUACACGGGGAUAUAUUGUGGGAUGAAUAUGGUAUCAUUGGCGAUCUCGUUCCAUUUACGAAUGACUUCCCCCGAGCUGACAUCCAUGAAUUGCUAUCGUUCGACCUCCUCCACCAGCUAAUAAAAGGCGCUUUCAAAGAUCAUCUCGUCGACUGGGUAGCAAAGUACCUCAAGGCUGUGCAUGGUACCAGAAGGGCGGACGAGAUCAUGAGCGACAUAGAUCGCAGAGUUGCUGCUGUAGCAUCAUUCUCAGGCCACGUACCUGAAGACAUGGUGCGUGCAUUCCGCGCAUUGUUAGAAUUUUGCUACCUUGUGCGGCGCAAUGUCAUAACCGAAGAUACCUUGAAUCAGAUUCAAGACGCGCUUCAUCGUUUUCAUCGCUAUCGCAAGAUAUUUGAUGUUGUCGUUCCUACCUUCUUGCUCCCCCGCCAGCACUCGAUGACUCAUUACACAGACAUGAUACGACUCUUCGGUGCCCCAAAUGGCCUAUGUUCUUCAAUCACGGAAUCAAAACAUAUCAAGGCGGUAAAGGAGCCCUGGCGGUGGUCGAGCAAGCACAAUGCUCUUGGUCAGAUGCUUGUGACCAAUCAACGCCUUGACAAGCUCGCAGCAUCACGAGUGGACUUCGAUGCGCGAGGGAUGCUGACUGGUACUGUUUUAUCAAGUGUUUUGGCCGUUCUUGUAGCAGCAUUGGCACUUGAAGUCGCUGUUCCGGAUCUGCGACGUCUCAUUCGACACUUUCUGUUCUCUCAGCUCUACCCCAAUGAUCCUCGCGACCUCGAAGAUGUCCCAGCCGCUAGCUGCCCUAGACAUGAAGGCAAGCUCCAGGUCUUCAAUUCGGCUGCUGCAACAUUCUAUGCUCCCAGCGAUCCAAGUGGCAUUGGCGGCAUGCGACGCGAACACGUCCGUGCAUGCCCACUCUGGAGGAACGAGUACCCACGCAAUGAUUGUGUGUUCAUCAACACUGAUUCAUAUGCUGAAGGAAUGCGAGGACUCGAAAUCGCGAGAGUGAUAUGUUUCUUUUCUUUCAAACACGACUGGGAAGUAUACUCAUGCGUUCUCAUCCAAUGGUUCGACAAGAUUGGUGAUUGUGCCGAUGAAGACACUGGCAUGUGGAUGGUCCGUCCAAGUUUUCAUGAGGAUGGCUCCCGGAACCUCGCUGUCAUUCAUAUUGAGAUGGUCUACCGUGCAGCACACCUGAUACCUGUCUACGGCUCUGAGUACAUCCCUCACUCCCUCAAGUUCUAUCAUUCCUAUGAUUCUUUCCGUUCAUUUUAUGUCAACAAAUACGCUGAUCACCAUGCCUUCGAGAUAGCGUCCUGA